GUGGUGUAGGGAGCAGGGGAGAGGUUUGAAGGGGGAAAGAUUAAGGGGAUUGGGAAAGGAACAUUUGGGGCAUUUAAGCAGAGUAAAAUUUUGCUGGGAGCAAAGAAUUGAUGUGUUGAUUAAGGAGCAAAAUGGGCUGGUGUUAGAGAGCACUGGAGCAGGGAGAAGUGAGAUGAGGGGCUAAAAUGGGAGUUGGGUUAUUAGGGGAUAGGGCUGGGGGGAGUCGAAUGAGGGACCAUGAGAAUUGCAGGGAGAGCUGGUGUUAAGAGAGUGAAAUGGAACCCAGUGGGGCAGGGAACUUGAAGUGGAGGGGAAGUGCAGUGUGAGGGGCUGGAAGAGGGUGAGCUGGAGAAAGGGGGGUUUUACUGCAGGUGACUGAUUGCCAUGAGUUCACGUAUUUUCCUCUGAUUUGCUGUUCGCUGGGCCGAAGUGAGGGAUGGCUACAGAAGCCAAGUACAGCAUCGUUCGAGAAGUGGGGCGAGGGAGCUACGGGGUGGUUUAUGAGGCCAUCGUUAAUCAAACUAGAAGCAAGGUAGCUGUUAAAAGGAUGCAUUGUAACGUGCCCGAAAAUGUAGAACUGGCUCUGCAAGAGUUCUGGGCCCUGCAGAGCAUCCAGAGGCAACAUGAAAACGUGAUCCAGUUGGAGGAGUGUAUCCUGCAGAACGGCCAAGUUUUUCAGCCAAUUAGUCAUCGUUACAGGAAAUCGGAUAGCCAUUUGCUGCUAAUUGAGACCUGCCUGAAAGGGCGGAGGUGCAUGGAUCCCAAAGCCGCCUGCUUUCUGUGGUUUGUGAUGGAGUUUUGCGAUGGUGGCAACAUGAAUGAAUACCUGCUGUCUCGCAGCCCAGAUGUUCAGCUGAAUAACAGCUUCAUGCGGCAGCUCAGCAGUGCCGUGGCUUUCCUGCACAGAAACCAGAUAGUGCACAGAGACCUAAAAUCUGACAAUAUUUUGAUUUCUCUUAGACGUGGAAGCCCCAUAGUAAAGGUAGCGGAUUUUGGCCUCAGCAAGGUGUGUCAGGGGAAAGGGAACGUAAACCAGCAUCGCUUCUCCUCUGCGUGUGGGUCAAACUUCUACAUGGCUCCAGAAGUAUGGGAAGGUCACUACACUGCGAAGGCUGACAUAUUUGCCCUUGGGAUCAUUUUCUGGGCUAUGGUAGAGAGGAUCACCUUCCGAGACGGGGAUACUGAGAAGGAAUUGCUCGGAACUUACAUCUGCCAAGGCAAGGAGCUUAUUCCCCUCGGAGAAGCGUUGCUGGAGAAUCCCAACAUGAAAUUACAAAUUCCCUUGAAAAACAAGAAGUCCAUGCCGGAUGAUCUCUGCAAGCUCCUGCAUGAUAUGCUGGCUUUUAACCCAAAGGAAAGGUUGGAUGCCUUCCAACUAGAAGUCCGAAUCAGGCAAAUCUCCUACGGCAAGAAGCGUCAACGCUCUGUCUCAUAGAGACGAAGGGCGUUCAGGUAUCGUGUCCCGCUGUGACGUGGAGGCCUCGGAGACGGCGAACACCUCUGCCUUCCUUAGGAAUGAGCGGGUCGAUCAGAAGACCGUUGCCAGCUUCCGGUUUUCCCAAACGGUUAUAUUUAAAUGGACAAUAACUUUAUUUAUUUGUACAGUAAUUUUAAGAGGAGAACUACAAAAAAAUAUCUAUUUUUAUGCAAACCAUCGGUGUUUUUAUAUUUGUGUUCUUUUAUGCAGCGAGUAGCGUAGGUGAAAACUUGACCUUGACUGCCUGGCCACGCUCGGCACGGUCGUAGGGGAGUUUCUGAACUUGCUCUCUUUCAAGCAAGCCUUGCGCAUCCUUUUGUUUCGAAGGACAGCAAAAAACCACGCAGAAUCCACCUGGAGACGGGCCUCUCUGCCCUGCUGCGUGUUGACUGCCUCUCCCGCCCUGGCUUCUCACUGAUAACGCCACGUCGCGCGUCCUUGGCGCAGAAGUUGUCUUUACGAGGUUUAAUUUGAGCUUUUCUUUCUUUCUUUUUUUUUUUCUUUGCGCAAUUCCUUGCUCCGUAUUGCUCGGCCGCGUUAGCCGAGUGAUGGCUGCUGAAUGAGCUGGCAAAGCGUUCCGUGCCUAUUCUGAAAAGUUAGAGCAGAAACAAAACUGCAUUUUUCUUCACAGUAGCUUUUGAAUAUUCUUGCUUAGAUUAACUAAAACGCUUUCUUAAAAUAAAUACAAAGAAUGUUAAAGAUGCCAACUCUUGAUUAGAACGUAUGCGUCACUAACACUUAAAGUAGUUUAAGGAAUCGUGCUUCCUGCUGUGUUAGCUGCUUGUGCCAGCUGUUCGUACAAGGGAAAUGAAAAGGACUGAACUGGAAUCUUGGCAGGUAAAUGGGGAAUCUAAUUUACACCCUGUUUGAAAAAUAUUUUAAUGUGUCUGUAAAAUACUGCUGAUCUCUGCUUUCCUUAAGGAGCCGGGGCCUCCUGGAAAAGGUUCCUCCCGUGCUCUUCUGUUGUGCAGAGGUGAAAUAGCAUCCUUCAGGGACGGCUUCCUUUUGGAGGAGAGGAAUGAACAGCCAAAAGGAACAUGGUGAGCCCCUCUGAGCCGCUCGGGGGACAGAAUUACAUCGAAUUUGGUUAGAAAUAGAUUAUAUAUUUCUUCCCCCCGUCCUACUCCGCUAAGACUACUGCUGUAAGGUAGAAGUCUGUAUUAUAAGCAGUGUGUCAUAAGCGAAAUUCGUGGAGAGGGUCUUUCCUCCUGCCAUGGCUUUACCCAGAGGCUCAGCUGAAGGGUGUAACACUUUCGCACCUGCUCUUCCAGGCUCUACUAAAUACUUCGUCCUGCAGAAAUGAGCACUAAUUGAUCCCUGUCCCCUAAAAAGGGUAACAAAGGGACUGCUCCUGUCGGGUCACCCGUGAGAAGAGCUGUGGUGGGAACGUAGGUGUUAAUUCAAAUCUUUAAAUUGAACCUGACUGACUUUAGCGAACCCCUAGCCCAGCGGCACGUGGGAAGUGUGUGCGGCAGUGAUAGCCACGGUCGCUUCGAAGCUCAUCCAGCUCUUGACGCCUCUGUGCGGACGGGCCGUACGGGGACUGGAGACGAACUGGAAACGGGGGUCUGGAUCUUCUGUUACGAAGAGCCGCGGCCGCCCUGUUCUGGAGAGCGCUUCCACCUUCUGGUAGGCGACAGGUCCGGCUUUGGCUGCAGCUCUACAGCCGCAGUACAGCCCAGUUUUACCUAAUCCUCGUCGUUGCCUUCAUUUCUAACUAACCUUGGAGUCCCUGUGUGCUGGGUUUUCCUUUCCGCAGCUUUCGGUUAGAAAUCCUCUCCUGCUUUGCAGAGCUGCUGUUCUGAAGUAAGGUUUCUUCAUCCUCCUCUUCCUAACCCUGGAGCCGCUGCUACUCUCUUGUCUGCUUUCUGCCAUCUCUCCUCUGAGCGUGCCCGUGGCCUUGCAGGGCUGGCUUUAGUUGAGACCGGGUCUAUUUUUCUGGAAUACAGAUGGGUUUGCGCACCCUUGCAACACGUGAGGGAACGGCGGGGCGCGAGAACGGCUGUUUGCUUGUGUUCUUCCUUGUUUGCCAUGCUCGGCGUGUACCCUCGCUGCUGCCAGAUAAUUUUAGCUAGUCUGUACCUGUGCUUUAAUCACUUGAAACUGUAUUUUAUAAACUAAUAAAAUGCUGUGGUUAUUUUUAUAAAUGCAUUAAAAUUGUGGGAAUACCGAGCA